UCGUUAUCAUCCCGGGUGAAGAGAAACACGCCUCCUGGGUCAAUCAGACAAGCUGUCAAACAGUUGAAUAAAGCUCAGGUUUUCUUAUAUCGUUGCUAUUUUCCGCUGUUUAAAGGACUAAUUCAACACUGGCUCAUUUCAGGAGGCUUCGUUUUCCAUCCUUGACCCUCUUUGCAUCGGUCAGAGGAAGAUGCUUCUUCGGACAUUGCUGACUAGACUGGGAGCCCAGCAGCUCGCUGGGGGCAAACCAGCAUGUAUUGUUGCUUCAGCCCCUCUCACCCAACGUUUAAAGCCCACCGGAAAUACCUCCCCCCCCAGGAUUCAGUCCUGGUCAUCUACAGUCACAAAGAAGUUUUGUUUAAAUACACUUCACCAGCAGCAGAUGCAUAAAUCUGUGGGGCGAUUUAAAAAUGAUCGUCUUCCUCUUUUCACAUAUGAUCAGGGACGUUUUUAUUCAACUAACAUUGUAAAGUCAGUCCUAAAGCCGACAUUAAAACCAGCAGUGGUGCCUGCUAAAGGAAAAAGGCUUCCUAAAGGACCACGAACCAAGCAGCCUUCUCGGGCAAACCAGCCUUCUAUGAAAGAGGAUGAGGAUAUGAUGCAAUGCAUUGCCUUUGCAACAGCUGACCAGUAUCAUUUACCAACACUUAGCCAUGACUUGGUAAACCACGGCUUUCAAGAAAUAGAUUUACCAAGAGAUGCGUCAAAUGUCUUGGUGAUAAGCACCGAAAAUGUUGCUAAACCAGACGACGAUGCUCUUAUCUUUUUCUUCAGAGAAGGAUCAGUGGUUUUCUGGAAUGUUGAGGAGAAAGAGAUGAAAAAGGUUUUACGAUUAUUGGAGCAUCAUGAGAUCCAGCCCUAUGAAGUUGCUUUAGUCCACUGGGAAAACGAGGAGAUUAACUACACCGUGGGAGAAGGAAACACGAAACUUGAAAGAGGCAAUUUCAUUCUUAGUUACGAAAUGGAUCAACAUGAGGCGGUUCUGGAGAAAUUUGCUUUUUCAAAUGCCCUCUGUCUGUCUGUAAAGUUGGCGAUAUGGGAGGUGGCUUUGGACAACUUUGUAGACUCAAUUCAGUCAAUUCCAGAGACCCUGAAGUCUGGCAGAAGAGUCAAGCUUUCUUCUGCUGAAGUUAUGCAGAAGAUCGGAGAACUUUUCACAUUAAGGCACUGCAUCAACCUGAGGUCCGACCUGCUGCUCACUCCUGAUUUCUACUGGGACAGGGAGAACUUAGAAAAGCUCUAUGACAAGACAUGCCAGUUCCUGAGCAUCAACCGCAGAGUUAACGUUGUGAACGAGAAGCUGGAACAUUGUACACAGCUGACUGACCUGAUGAGGAGCCACCUGAGUGAAAAGCACAGCUUGAGAUUAGAGUGGAUGAUAGUCAUCCUCAUUACCAUAGAGGUGAUGUUUGAACUUGCAAAGAUGAUCUUCUAAUCUCCCGAUCCAAGAAAGCACAAAUCAGUAAAUGGCAUUAGACACUGCAUAAGAGAAUGCUGA